AUGUCCUUGUGUGUGGCAAAGCCCAGAGGAAGAAACCCGUAUGCUGCAGUGAAGGUGGACCCAGAUAGUGAUUACAUCACACCUGGGGCUUUAGACCUGGAGCAGCUGUUUUGGACCGGCACAGCUGGCGCUCAGUACACACAUGUUGACCAAGUCUGGCCCAAUAUCUACAUAGGAGAUGAGAAAACAGCUCUGGAGCGGCAUGGCUUGGUGGAUAUGGGGAUAACCCACGUUCUGAAUGCAGCGGAGGGGAAGUUUAAUAAUGUCUUAACUGGUGCUGAUUACUACAAGGACGUGGACAUCCAGUACUAUGGCAUAGAGGCUGAAGACAGACCCACCUUCAACAUCUCGCAGUUCUUCUAUCCUGCUGCCCAGUUCAUCCACAGCGCCCUCAGUCACCCACAGAACAAAGUGCUGGUACAUUGUGUGAUGGGGCGGAGCAGGUCGGCCUCGUUGGUCCUGGCGUAUCUGAUGAUGGAACAAGGUUUAACUGUGGUGGACGCUGUUGAGCACGUGCGACAGCGCCGCUGCAUCCUGCCCAACCACGGCUUCCUAAAGCAGCUCAGGGCUUUGGACAUAACGCUGCAAGAGGAGAGGCUCAGGCGAAAAAGGGAGACGCAAGAACAAUAAUAAGAUUAGAUAAUAUGCAAGUGUUUACUAUGUCUGUUUUUCUCCCCUCUGAACAGA